AUGUCUGACAUUUCGGAUGACGAUUUCCAACCCCUCGAGCCAACUCUCAAGAACGUCUUGGAUCAAAAGUCCUUGCACUGGAUCUUUGUUGGUGGCAAGGGCGGUGUUGGUAAAACAACCACAUCUUGCUCGCUUGCUGUUCAAUUGUCCAAGGUACGAGAAUCCGUGCUCUUGAUUUCAACCGAUCCUGCACACAACUUGUCGGAUGCCUUUGGUCAAAAGUUCUCCAAGGAAGCUUCGCUUGUCAAUGGCUUUGACAACCUGUAUGCUAUGGAAAUCGAUCCCACUUCGAGCAUUCAAGAGAUGAUCGAGCAAUCUGAUCAGGGCAAUGCAAACGCUAUGGGCAGCAUGGUGCAAGAUUUGGCUUAUGCCAUUCCCGGUGUCGAUGAAGCCAUGGGCUUUGCUGAAGUCAUGAAACAAGUGAAAUCAAUGAAAUACUCCGUCAUCGUCUUCGAUACGGCACCUACUGGUCACACCCUCCGCUUCUUGUCGUUCCCUACCGUGUUGGAAAAGGCUUUGGCAAAGAUCAGUGGUCUAAGUGGUCGUUUUGGUCCCAUGUUCCAACAGGUUUCAGGCAUGAUGGGAUUGAAUGCCAAUCAAGAAGACAUGUUUUCAAAGUUGGAGGAAAUGCGUUCAGUGAUCACGGAGGUGAACAAUCAAUUCAAGGAUCCGAACAUCACAACCUUUAUCUGUGUGUGCAUUUCAGAAUUUUUGUCCUUGUACGAGACCGAGCGUAUGAUUCAAGAGUUGACUGCUUACCAUAUCGACACUCACAACAUUGUGGUGAACCAACUGUUGUUCCCCAAGGAUGGAUCCAAUUGUGAGCAUUGUAACGUCCGACACAAGAUGCAACAAAAAUACCUCGAGCAAAUUUAUGACUUGUAUGAGGACUUCCAUAUUGUGCGUAUGCCAUUGCUCACCAAGGAAGUGCGUGGCACUGAAGACAUUAAGGAAUUUAGCAAGAUGCUUGUAGAACCCUUUGAGACUCCCAAAUAA